CGGGGCCCCGCCCCUCCCCGGGCGGCAGCGAGCCGCUUGGACUCUGCUGGACUUGAUCUCGGGGCAGUGGGGUUAGGGGUUGGCUGGAAUCUGGGUCAUGGCAGUCCCGGAGCCGGCACCGGGAGCUGCCGGCAGGCCCAGGUUAGACCUGCAAUUCCUCCAGCGGUUCCUGCAGAUACAAAGGAUUUUGUUCCCCUCUUGCUCCUCACAGAAUGCUGUGAUGUUCCUGACCCUGCUGGGUGUGGCCCUGCUGGAACAACUGGUGAUCUACCAGGUUGGCCUGAUCCCCAGUCAGUACUACAGGGUCCUGGGAAACAAGGACUUGGGUGGGUUUAAGGCCCUGACGUUCCUGGCCAUCGUGCUCAUCGUGACCAACUCCAUGCUGAAGAGCUUUGACCAGUUCACCUGCAACCUGUUGUAUGUAAGCUGGCGGAAGGACCUCACCGAGCACCUGCAUCGCCUCUACUUCCGCGGCCGCGUGUACUACACCCUGAACGUGCUGCGGGAUGACGUCGAUAACCCGGACCAGCGCAUCAGCCAGGACGUGGAGCGGUUCUGCCGGCAGCUCAGCAGCAUGGCCAGGCAGCUGAUCGUCUCCCCCUUCACCCUCGUCUACUACACCUACCAGUGCUUCCAAAGCACAGGCUGGCUGGGGCCUGUAAGCAUCUUUGGGUAUUUCAUCCUGGGAACCGUGGUGAACAAAAUGUUGAUGGGGCCCAUCGUGGCAAAGCUGGUGCAGCAGGAAAAGCUGGAGGGGGAUUUCAGGUUCAAGCACAUGCAGAUCCGUGUGAAUGCUGAGCCUGCUGCUUUUUACAGAGCCGGGCACGUGGAGCACAUGAGAACUGACCGCAGGCUGCAGAGGCUCCUUCAGACCCAGAGGGAGCUGAUGUCCAAGGAGCUCUGGCUGUACAUGGGCGUCAACACCUUUGACUAUCUGGGCAGCAUCCUGAGUUACGUGGUGAUCGCAAUCCCCAUUUUCAGUGGUGUUUAUGGAGACCUGAGCCCCACAGAGCUCAGCACCCUGGUCAGCAAGAACGCCUUCGUGUGCAUUUACCUCAUCAGCUGCUUCACCCGCCUCAUCGACCUCUCCACUACGCUGUCAGAUGUGGCUGGUUACACACACAGGAUCGGGGAGCUUCAGGAGACCCUGCUGGACAUGUCCCUGGAGUCACAAGAUGGUGAGAUCCUGGACGAGCGUGAGUGGGACUCACCCAGGGCCCCAGGACGGCCAGCGACAGAGCCAGGAGACAUGGCUUUUCUUCUCGAUCGGGUCUGCGUCUCUGCACCCUCCUCCGACAAACUCCUAAUCAAGGACCUGAGCCUGAAGAUCUCCGAGGGACAGAGCCUGCUCAUCACAGGGAACACGGGCACCGGCAAGACCUCGCUGCUCCGGGUCCUGGGCGGCCUCUGGGCGAGCGCACGGGGCUCCGUGCAGAUGCUGAUGGACUUCGGACCCCACGGGGUGCUGUUCCUGCCCCAAAAGCCCUUCUUCACCGACGGGACCCUUCGGGAGCAGGUGAUAUAUCCCCUGAAGGAGAUCUACCCCGACUCAGGUUCUACCGAUGAUGAGAGGAUUGUGAGGUUCUUGGAGCUGGCGGGCCUGUCCGACCUGGUGGCAAGAACAGAGGGCUUGGACCACCAGGUGGACUGGAACUGGUAUGACGUGCUGUCCCCGGGGGAGAUGCAGAGGCUGUCUUUCGCUCGGCUCUUCUACCUGCAGCCGAAGUAUGCAGUGCUUGACGAAGCCACCAGCGCCCUGACCGAGGAGGUGGAGAGCGAGCUGUACCGCAUUGGCCAGCAGCUAGGCAUGACGUUUGUCAGCGUGGGACACCGGCGCAGCCUGGAGAAGUUUCACUCCUUGGUUUUGAAGCUCUGUGGAGAAGGAAGGUGGGAACUGACUAGAAUCAGAGAGGAAUGAAGCCAAGAUGUGGUUGAGCACCAGAAGGAGGCCCAAGCUCGCGGCAGGUUGGCCCAGGGAGACACCCACGGCCUUGGUUCACCUCACAGGUUCUCUGCAGGGAGCGCUGGCACUGUGGGCCCGGCUGGGCAUGGCCUGCAGGGGGCGCUCAGUCCCUCCAGACCUGCUGCUGCCUUAGCCGGCGCUCUCUGCAGUUGUGCCAAUUCUUCACUCCCACGUGGCUUCCGGCUGUUUUCUAAGGAACCUGCCGGUGUGGGGCCUACAGUGAAUGAAGGGCCAGCGUGAGAGAACGUCAGACUUGGGUCCAGAGACCCAGAAAUCCUUUUAUUCGGUUAAAUUGCACAACAAUGGAUUUUUAACUUGAAUCAGCUUUUUAGAUUUUAUAACUUUUUUAAUAAAAGAGAAACAUUUAAAAAGUU